GAAAAUUACUGGGACUUGGAUUCAAAUGCGUUUGUGAUCCUGGCUGGACACAAAUGCAACUUGGCCCUCUUGCUUUGCCUGCAUGCACUCUUCCCAACUGUACGCUCGAUCUUGGUUGUAAGAGUGGUACACCAUCACCACAUCCGUCUCCUCAAAGCUCACCCUUUAACAUUACUGACCCUUGCAGUUUAAUAUGGUGUGGUGAUGGAAAAUGUGAAAUUACCGGAAUGGGACACUACUGCAAAUGUAAUGAAGGCUCUUCCCAAUACAUGAAUAUGUCUAAGCUACCUUGUCUCGAUAAAUGCGUUUUCGAACCAAAUUGCAAAGGAGAGGCGCUGGAACCUCGGCCUAGUCUUCCACCCCCUCCGUCUCCGGGGCAUGAUGGAUCAUGCAAGUUUGACUGUGGAAAAGGGAAGUGCGUAGAAACUGGUGAAUUUUUAGGUUUGGGUUUCGAAUGCAUUUGUGAUCCUGGUUGGACACAAAUACAAAUUGGCCCUAUUACGUAUCCUGCAUGCAAUGUCCCAAACUGUACGCUCGAUUUAGGUUGUGGAAGUCAAGCAGCCUCGCCACCUUCGUCUCUACCCUUUAACAUUUUGGACCCUUGCAGUUUAGUAUGGUGUAAUAAUGGAAAAUGUGAAGUUAACGGAACAAAACAUUACUGCCAAUGUAACGAAGGCUCCGAAAAUUUGAUGGAUGCGCCUGAGCUACCUUGUUUCGAUCAAUGCGUAUUUGGAGCUGAUUGCAAAGGAGUGGAACUGGGUGAUCAUCAGCUGGGCCUUCCAUCCCCUUCACCUCCGAGGGAUGGAUCCAGUGGAGUCCCUAAGGAUCCCAACUGCUCGAGGAGUCUGCGUGUUUCGUUUGUUUUGCUGCUAUUUUCCAUAUUCCCUGUUUUAAUGUAG